AGAUCUCGCGAGAAUGUACGCGACUUUGUUCGUCAGUUCCAUGAUGGCUGAAGAUACCGGAGGAGCUUUCUUUAAUUUCACCCUCAUUUUUAUCGUUUUUUCGUUACCUCUGCUGGAAAGAUGGCAGGGCACACAGCCUCGAUAAACGGCCAUAGACCCCCGCUGUCGUCAUGCCCAAGAAAGGGAACCGAAAACGGCUGAAAUUUAGAGCGGAGGAUGUUUGCUCGGAGUCAGUAACUGUGGCUGACUAUGCCAACGCCGAUCCCGCCAUCGUAAAGUCGGGAAGAGUUAAAAAGGCUGUUGUUAAUGCAAUUGAAAAAGAAGUGAAAUUACUCUGUGGACUAGAGGCAUCCCAGGGUCCUGUGCAGGAAGUGCUCUCCUCUGCAGCUGGUGUGAGUAAUACAGCCCGUGAGAGCAGUGAUGAACUAGACUCAGAGGAAGGGGAUGAAAUCAAAGGGUCCCGCAAAAAGAAAAACAAAAGACGUGAAGAAAACAGUGAGAGCAUAGAUGGAGUGGAGUAUCCCAUUGAUAUUUGGCUUCUGCUUGCUGCAUACAUUCGGCCAGAAGACGUCUGCAGAUUCUCCUUGAUCUGCAAGAAUGCUUGGACUGCCACAUGCACAGCUGCAUUUUGGACACGACUCUACAAAAGGCACUAUAAUCUUGAUGCAGACCUCCCCGAUCGCCUUCAACCUGAUUCUGUUGCAAAGAUGCGUUGUCUUCGUGCGCGUGUUAUUCGCUCGCUUUUUCACUUAUAUGAGCCCUUUAGCUUGCGGGUGUCCAAAAGCCCUCCUCUCCCUGAAUCUACACCUACCACACUCCUCAAUUCCAAGUGUUUGUUGUGUUGGGUCAACAAAGUUUCUGGAAGUAGGUCAGAGCUGAUGUGGGAGUUCAACUUCAAGUUUGUGAAACUGCCAACCAAGGGCAAAAACGGAUGUGGUUUGAGUCUUCAGCUGCCCAAGCAGUAUAAAGAUGUUCACACUAAUCCAGACUCGGACUGUUAUCUGCUGCGGGUCACUACCCUCAAUUUCAUUUUCACUUCUGUUGUGAUGGGCAUGACGUUAACUUUGUUCACCAUUAAUGUGAGCACAGACAUGAGGCACCACCGAGUGCGCCUGGAUUUCCAGGAUUCACCAGUCAUUCGAGGGAAGAAGUUUAGGGGUGAACAAGGGGUGCAGGUAGUGCUGGACCCUGUCCACAGCGUGCGCCUCAUGGACUGGUGGCACCCUCAGUACCCCACAUCCUCAUAUAAUUAGACUGAACUCCAAUCUUCUCAGUUACAAAAACAUUGCAGAAGACAAUUGAGGCCUGUUUCAACCAACCCUAAAGUCCUGGCUUGGCAGUCUUUUUUUCUGCUGAAUUUUACUUGUUGCACUUAGUGUGCUGCUAUUUAUAGUGUGCUGAUCUGUAGUCCAAACUCAAGGUGUCAUGACAAUGUAUGUGGCAAUUGACUUUAAUAGUCUGGGUACUUGCCAUAUUAAAUUUGAUAAAAAUUCAAACAAAGUGGCUGCACGAUAGAAGUACACAAGUUCGAAGU